AUGCCGCCGGGAGGAAUCCCUCCCGGCAAGCUGGUAUACAAUCCAGCUUGCUGCGAAGGGAUUCCUCCCGACGAGCUGGUAAACGAGCUGGUGUACAUACCAGCUUGUCAGGAGGGGUUCCUCCCGGCAUCCCUCCUGGCAAGCUGGUACACAGACCAGCUCGUUGGAAGGGAUUCCUUCCGACAAGCUGGUGCUCUCGUUGGGAGGAAUCCCUCCCAACAAGCUGGUGUACAUACCAGCUCACCGGGAGGGUGGUAUUCCUCCCGACAAGCCGGUGUACAUACCAGCUCAUCGGGAGGGGUUCCUCCCAGCGAGCUGGAUUUUAAACCAGCUCGUCAGGAGGAGUCCCUCCCGGCAAGCUGGUACACAGACCAGCUCGUUAGAAGGGAUUCCUUCCAACGAGCUGGUGCUCUCUUCGGGAGGAAUCCCUCCCAACGAGAUGGUGUACAUACCAGCUUGCCGGGAGGGAGGGCUUCCUCCCGACAAGCCGGUUCACAUACCAGCUUGUUGGGAGGGGUUCCUCCCGGCGAGCUGGAUUUUAAACCAGCUCGUCAGGAGGAGUCCCUCCCAGCAAGCUGGUACACAGACCAGCUCGAUCUGGAAGGGAUUCCUUCCAACGAGCUGGUGCUCUCGCCGGGAUGA